GGGGGCGCGUGCCAUAUCCGAAGUGGAAGGGACAGCUCCCAGGUGCUGAAACUGGUCGACGCUCACAGAGAAAGAGACACAGAGGGGGGAAAGACCAACGCCUGCGAUAGACACAAAUACCAAAAACCGUAUUUGCAAAACAGGGGCAGAUACAGAUAGAGCCGAGGCCUUCAACACAGAUGGCUGCCACUCAGGAUGCGAAAGGGAAGGGAGAGGGGGGGGACCAAAACUUUGACUACAUGUUUAAGCUGCUGAUCAUUGGCAACAGCAGCGUAGGCAAGACGUCCUUCCUGUUCCGCUAUGCCGAUGACGCCUUCACUUCGGCCUUCGUCAGCACAGUGGGAAUCGACUUCAAAGUGAAGACUGUGUACAAGAAUGACAAGAGGAUCAAACUGCAGAUCUGGGACACAGCUGGCCAGGAGCGCUACAGGACCAUCACCACCGCCUACUACCGCGGGGCCAUGGGCUUCAUCCUCAUGUACGACAUCACCAACGAGGAGUCCUUCGGCGCUGUGCAGGACUGGUCAACCCAGAUAAAGACGUACUCGUGGGAUAAUGCGCAGGUGGUGCUGGCUGGAAAUAAGUGUGAUAUGGAAGAGGAGAGGGUUGUGUCAGUGGACAAUGGCAGACUGCUGGCAGAACAAUUGGGUUUUGAGUUCUUCGAGACCAGCGCCAAGGACAACGUCAACGUGAAGCAGACCUUUGAACGUCUCGUCGACCUAAUUUGCGACAAGAUGUCCGACAGCUUGGACUCGGAUCCGGCCGUCACCACAGGAGCUCCCACUGCCAAACUCACAGACAGCGCUCCGCCCCUGCAGCAGUCCGGAUGCAACUGUUAGUGACGGGUGUCAGGAAGCAGAGGCAGGGCAGCGCAGGUCCGUCAGCUGGUAGAGUGUGCACAGUUUUGUCCUCGCUUAUCACUCCUGCUAGUGCUGCUUCCUCUGGACUACAGCUCAAACCCUGUUUAGUAGUAGAAUUACAAAAUGCCGUCGUAUUAACUCUUAACUUUAUCACCUUAUAUCAAGAGCAAAUAACCAGACAACCAGACAUGGCUAUUGUAAAAUGUGUAAUAUCACAGGAUAUCUAGAAUAUAGAGACACAAUAUUCUCAUUCUUCAACUAGUUAGUAUGGUCAUAAACCAAGUAUGUUUCAUAAUGAGGGAAAGACCUUUAAAAUAUUUAAGACCUAGAAUAAUUAUAAAUGAAGGAGUGAGUCAGUGAAUGCUUUAAUUUUUAUUUUUUGUACAUGAUGUAUUUUCCUUUUUAUAGAAUUAUUUUGUCUCCUAAAGCUGCCAAAUCCAUGAUUUAGUGCACUAUAGGACGUAGCCACUUUCUUUUGUGUAAUGAGUGUGUGGCUGUUGUGUGACUGUACAGUAAGUGAGUGUGGGUUUGCAUGAGUGUGAGUGUUAUCUCUGAGUCGCAAAUGAGUGCAACUUUGUCAUCUAAAAAAAUCAUCUACCUUGGAUAAAAAAAGUGUCCUUUUAGCAUCUCCCACACGGCCUCUGUAAGUUCCUCUGUCAUGCUAACUUUCUGAAUGAACCCAGUACGUUUAAUGUCGAUGUGAGUAGUAUUCCACGUUUUUGCUGUCUGUAGAUGUGUGAUUUCCCUGAUAAGUAUAGCUGUAAAUCGUAAAAGCAACUAUUCAUAUGUGUUUAGCCUCUAAGAUGACCCUUUAUAGUUUGAUGCAAUGAGCAUGCUGCCAAAAAAAUCUUAUGUGCUGUUUUAUCUAGAGAUAGAACCCUAACAUCCUCGACUUCAUAUAAUAGCAAUUAUCAGCAUUUCAUUUAACACCAAUGUCACACUGACAAGGCACCGCACAGUGUAUGCUAUACAACAACUGAUCAGCUCUGGCAUGGAAUAAACAGCCAUAUAAAUAAAAAAAUAUUGUUUAAUUCAGCAUGCUAAAAUGUCAUGUUUGAAUCUGAGUAAGCUGCGUAGAAAACAUAGAUAUACAGUAGUCCAAAAUAUGGAUGAAGGCAUAUACAGCACUGCAGUGGUCUUAAACUUAAGUCAAAACAUUGCUGAAAGCCUUUCAGUUCUACUCUACAAUAAUUUAAAAAACACAUUUGUGCCAAAACAAACAGUUCCUUUUAGCAUCGUCAGUUGUUUGUUGCAUAGUUGAAUAAAAACUCCCAAAAAUUGCAUGUACCAGUUAUCUAUGUAGAUUUAUAUAAUAAGAUAGUGUAUAUAUCACUCUGUGUUACAGAUUUAGACGCAUCAUCAUAGCACGUGCUGUGAGAUGCAAUGGGCCAAUAAGUGCAAUAUUUUAUGAAUGAAACCCUGUACAUAGUUUCUCCUGUGCUCGAGUACAAUGACUCUAUCUGCAGUGUGUGAGUGAGUUUGGUCAGAAAGGCUCUGAAACUGAUGUACAAUCUCUUUACAAAAAGUGAGUGUGUGCUUCAUGGUAAUUGCAGCCUCUGAAUGUGUGACUUAGUGUGUGUGUGUGUGUGUGUGUGUGUGUGUGUGUGUGUGUGUGUGUGUGUGUGUGUGUGUGUGUGUGUGUGUGUGUGUGUGUACCUGCCAUAUUGAACUGACAAAUUCCGUAUUAUGGUGUAUUGUUUGUGUAUACCUUUUGUACAAAUGUAUUCACGUACUAUAUGCUGUUCCUGCUAACUGUUGGGUGUUGAUUGAUCUUGUAUUAUCAUGUCAAAAUGCAGUGUUAUUGUGAAAGAUAGUCAGGGAGAUAUCUUAGUCCAUGCCAUAUGCCAUUCUGUUGUAAUUCUAAGAAAAGGGAUACACAAACAAGUUCAAAGCAUAUGUGUGUACAAGUGCUUUGUGCGUGUGCAUCUGUGUAUGUAUGUGAUAUUAUCAUUUUAAGCCAGUAGCCAUGAAAUAAAUUAUUGUAUUGAUCUCCGGUCAAGAUUCAUUGAAUAGAGGAAUAGAUCUGUCACUCUGGUCAAAUGUCAUUUUAGAACUGUAUGACUUUACAUAUAACUGAAUAUAUAUGUUUCUCAGAGUGCAAGCAAAGUAAGAUGUAUGUUUUUCAGAUUAUAGGAAAUAAAUCAGAUUCUAUCA